AUGGCUCCAGCUGCCGAUCUCCCCCAGGCCACUCCUGCUCCGGCAGACCUCUCCCAGUACAAGGGCUACGACCACGUACACUGGUAUGUUGGAAACGCAAAGCAGGCUGCUACCUACUAUGUCACCCGUCUGGGCUUCAAGAAGGUCGCCUAUCGUGGCCUGGAGACCGGCCUAAAGACCAUCGCCUCUCACGUUGUUUCCAACGGCGCCGUCACAUUUGUCCUCACCUCUCCGCUUCGAUCGCUUGAGCAGGCUGCUCGCUAUCCGGCAGAGGAGAAGGCCCUUCUCGAGGAGAUUCACGCCCAUCUAGAGAAGCAUGGCGACGGUGUCAAGGAUGUUGCCUUCGAAGUCGACUCCGUCGAAGCUGUUUUCAACGCUGCUGUGAAGAACGGCGCCAAGGUCGUUUCCGAGGUCAAGGUCUCCGAGGACGAGCACGGUCAGAUCAAGUAUGCCACUAUCCAGACGUAUGGCGAGACCACACACACGCUCAUCGAGCGGAAGGCGUACAAGGGCCUUUUCUUGCCCGGAUACCGUGACGAGUCCGCCAGUACCGACCCAAUCACCCAGUUCCUCCCAGCCAUCAACCUCGAACGGAUAGACCACUGCGUCGGAAACCAGGACUGGAACGAGAUGGAGAAGGUCUGCGACUACUACGAGAAGGUCCUCGGAUUCCACCGCUUCUGGUCUGUCGAUGACAAGGAUAUCUGCACUGAAUUCUCGGCUCUCAAGAGUAUCGUCAUGUCCUCGCCCAACGAUAUCGUAAAGAUGCCCAUCAACGAGCCCGCCAAGGGCAAGAAGCAGUCCCAGAUCGAGGAAUAUGUCGACUUCUACAGCGGUGCUGGCGUUCAGCACAUCGCCCUCCGAACCGAAAACAUCAUCGACACUAUUACCCAGCUCAAGGCCCGUGGCAUGGAGUUCAUCAAGGUCCCAGAGACUUACUAUGAGGACAUGCGUGUCCGUUUGAAGAAGCAGGGUAUGGUCCUCGAAGAAGACUUUGAAGCUCUCAAGAAGCUCGACAUCCUCAUCGACUUUGACGAGGGUGGCUAUCUCCUCCAGCUCUUCACCAAGCAUCUCAUGGACCGUCCUACCGUUUUCAUUGAAAUCAUCCAGCGCCGCAACUUCUCUGGAUUCGGAGCUGGCAACUUCCGCGCUCUAUUCGAGGCCAUAGAACGUGAACAGGCCCUCCGAGGAAACCUGAUAUAG